AUGAGACUACGCCAAAUGAAGCGAUUCAAACGUGCAGACGAGGUGAAGGUAGCAUGGGCGCGAAAUUUAAGAAUUAUGUCCGAGGCAAUAGAGACACGCGAAACAGAGUGCGCCGAGCGGGGUCGAAGGCCUUUUUGGCCUCCUCCAGCACCCAGUCCUAGCCAUGAAAGUCUAAUGAAACGAGCUGAAGUUACCUACACUGAUGCAUCAGGAGUUGUAACAACACAACAAGUGCCUAUAAGAAUAAUAAACUCUGUUAACCCCAUUCCUACAAUGUACACUUGGGCACCAACGCAGAAAAACUUUAUGGUAGAAGAUGAAACAGUGCUUCAUAACAUUCCUUAUAUGGGUGAUGAGGUCUUGGAUCAGGAUGGCACAUUUAUUGAGGAGCUCAUUAAAAAUUACGAUGGAAAAGUGCAUGGUGAUAAAGAAGGAGGGUUUAUAGAUGACCAACUGUUUGUGGAUUUAGUUCAUGCAUUGAUGACUUAUCAGACAAAGGAUGAAGUUGCUGAAGAGAAAAAAGAGAGGGAGUUGCGUAAUUCUAAAGAAGAGAAAGAUAACGAUGCAAGUAAAGAGGCUAAGGAGAAAGAGAAAGAAAAGGAAGAAAACAAGGACAUUGAGAAGAAAACGGCCAGUGACAAACAAUUUCCAAUAUUCACCAUAUUCCAGGCAAUCAGCUCUCAGUUCCCUGACAAGGGUACUGCCCAGGAGCUCAGAGAAAAGUACGUAGAGCUGACAUCCCUACGCGACCCGGACGCUUUACCUCCCGAGUGUACGCCCAAUAUCGAUGGGCCCUUAGCAGAGUCUGUGUCCCGAGACCAGACCAUGCAUUCCUUCCAUACGCUGUUCUGCCGCCGCUGCUUCAAGUACGACUGCUUCCUGCACCGUUUGCAAGCGUGCCACCCUGGACCGAACAUGACCAAACGGAAGGGACCAGAUCUGAAACCAUUCUCUGAGCCAUGCGGUCCCAGUUGCUAUAUGAUGUUGGAAGGUAUGAGAGAGAAAUUAGCACGAGAAAAGGCAGCGGGUGAAGAAGAUAAGGGGAAGACUCAUGCCAUGGACUCUCCCAAUGAUGCGUCCUCGGAGGACAGCAACGAUAGCAACCGGUUCCAGAAAGGUAGUAACAGUAACUCGAGUAACAGCAACUGGAGCUCCAUGGGCUGCCAGAACAAGCCCGCAGACUCCACCGCGGACGCCGCGUAUAACGUACUGGGUCUGACGGUGGGAGACAUAGACUCUGAGUGGACGGGUUCGGACCAGUCGUUGUUUAGAGCUCUGCAUAAGGUGUUCCAUUCCAACUAUUGCGCCAUCGCUCAGGUCAUGCUGUCCAAGACGUGCCAACAGGUGUACGCGUACUGGAUCAACACGGGGCAGGAGGAGUGCCGCGUGGAGGCGGAUCUGACUCCCCCCAGGAAGAAGAAGAAGAAGCACCGGCUCUGGUCCGUGCACUGCCGCAAGAUACAGCUCAAGAAGGACUCCGCCUCGCAUCACGUCUACAACUACACGCCUUGCGACCAUCCGAACCAGCCGUGCGACAACAUGUGUCCGUGCUUACAGUCGCAGAACUUCUGCGAAAAGUUCUGCCAGUGCAGCAGCGACUGUCAGAAUCGGUUCCCGGGAUGCCGGUGUAAGGCGCAGUGCAACACGAAGCAGUGCCCUUGCUACCUGGGCGUACGCGAGUGCGACCCCGACCUGUGCGUGGCGUGUGGAGCUGACGCGCCCGCAGCACACAGCCAGACCGCGUACUGCCGCAACGUGUCCGUGCAGAGGUACCACAGCACACAGCCAGCACGCCUGCUGCCGCAACAUGUCCGUGCAGAGGUACCACAGCGCACAGCCAGUACACCUACUGCCGCAACGUCUCCGUGCACAGGUACCGCAGUACACAGCCUGCACACCUACUGCCGCAACGUCUCCGUGCAGAGUUACCACAGCGCACAGCCAGCACACCUACUGCCGCAACGUAUCCGUGCAGAGGUACCACAGCGCACAGCCAGCACGCCUACUGCCGCAACGUGUCCGUGCAGAGGUACCGCAGAACACAGCCUGCACGCCUACUGCCGCAACGUGUCCGUGCAGAGGUACCGCAGUACACAGCCUGCACGCCUACUGCCGCAACGUGUCCGUGCAGAGGUACCGCAGUACACAGCCUGCACGCCUACUGCCGCAACGUCUCCGUGCAGAGGUACCACAGCCGGUACACAGCCUGCACGCCUACGAAUCCUGCCGCAACGUGUCCGUGCAGAGCUACCUCAGUCCACAGCCUGCACGCCUACUGCCGCAACGUGUCCGUGCAGAGGUACCGCAGUACACAGCCUGCACGCCUACUGCCGCAACGUGUCCGUGCAGAGGUACCGCAGUACACAGCCUGCACGCCUACUGCCGCAACGUGUCCGUGCAGAGGUACCGCAGUACACGGCCUGCACGCCUACUGUCGCAACGUCUCCGUGGAGAGGUACCACAGCGCACAGCCAGUACACCUACUGCCGCAACGUGUCCGUGCAGAGGUACCGCAGUACACAGCCUGCACGCCUACUGUCGCAACGUGUCCGUGCAGAGAUACCACAGCGCACAGCCUGCACACCUACUGCCGCAACGUGUCCGUGCAGAGGUACCGCAGAACACAGCCUGCACGCCUACUGCCGCAACGUGUCCGUGCAGAGGUACCGCAGUACACAGCCUGCACGCCUACUGCCGCAACGUGUCCGUGGAGAGGUACCACAGCGCACAGCCAGUACGCCUACUGCCGCAACGUGUCCGUGCAGAGGAACCGCAGUACACAGCCUGCACGCCUACUGUCGCAACGUCUCCGUGGAGAGGUACCACAGCGCACAGCCAGUACACCUACUGCCGCAACGUGUCCGUGCAGAGGUACCGCAGUACACAGUUUGCACGCCUACUGCCGCAACGUGUCCGUGCAGAGGUACCGCAGUACACGGUCUGCACGCCUACUGCCGCAACGUGUCCGUGCAGAGGUACCGCAGUACACGGUCUGCACGCCUACUGCCGCAACGUCUCCGUGCAGAGGUACCACAGUGCACAGCCAGUACACCUACUGCCGCAACGUGUCCGUGCAGAGGUACCGCAGUACACAGUUUGCACGCCUACUGCCGCAACGUGUCCGUGCAGAGGUACCGCAGCACACAGUCUGCACGCCUACUGCCGCACACGUCUCCGUGCAGAGGUACCACAGUGCACAGCCAGUACACCUACUGCCGCAACGUGUCCGUGCAGAGGUACCGCAGUACACAGCCUUUGCACGCCUACUGCCGCAACGUCUCCGUGGAGAGGUACCACAGCGCACAGCCAGUACACCUACUGCCGCAACGUGUCCGUGCAGAGGUACCGCAGCACACAGUCUGCACACCUACUGCCGCAACGUGUCCGUGCAGAGGUACCGCAGUACACAGCCUUUGCACGCCUACUGCCGCAACGUCUCCGUGGAGAGGUACCACAGCGCACAGCCAGUACACCUACUGCCGCAACGUGUCCGUGGAGAGGUACCGCAGUACACAGCCUUCACGCCUACUGCCGCAACGUAUCCGUGGAGAGGUACCGCAGUACACAGCCUGCACGCCUACUGUCGCAACGGGUCUACAUAAGCAUUUACUUCUGGCGCCGUCCGAUGUGGCCGGUUGGGGCAUCUUCCUCAAGGAGGCUGCGCACAAGAACGAAUUCAUCUCGGAGUAUUGUGGGGAGAUCAUCUCGCAGGACGAAGCUGACAGGCGCGGAAAAGUCUACGACAAGUAUAUGUGCUCGUUUCUAUUCAAUCUUAAUAACGAUUUCGUGGUGGACGCAACGCGAAAAGGCAACAAGAUCCGUUUCGCGAACCACUCCAUCAACCCGAACUGCUACGCGAAGGUUAUGAUGGUGAACGGCGACCACCGCAUUGGCAUUUUCGCCAAGCGAGCCAUACAGCCAGGAGAGGAACUCUUCUUCGACUACAGAUAUGGACCAACGGAACAGCUCAAAUUUGUUGGCAUCGAGAGGGAAAUGGAAUUCUUAUGA